AUGGCAGGUUUGCUGGUGUCGGCCGAACUGCACCGGCCCCGGCUCUGCUCUGGCACCCGGUGGGGCAACCGGAGACUCCUYGGGCAUGAGGACGCACACAACUGCAUCCCCGAACUGGACAGCGAAACUGCCAUGUUCUCCGUCUACGAUGGCCACGGAGGGGAAGAAGUUGCCCUGUACUGUGCCAAGUACCUCCCUGACAUAAUCAAGGACCAGAAGGCCUAUAAGGAGGGCAAAUUGCAAAAGGCCCUGGAAGAUGCUUUCUUAGCCAUAGAUGCCAAGCUCACCACAGAGGAGGUGAUUAAAGAGCUUGCCCAGAUGGCUGGGCGGCCCCAGGAUGAUGAAGAUGAGAAGGAGAAAGUUGCUGAUGAGGAUGAUGUGGAUAAUGAGGAAGCUGCUCUUCUGCACGAAGAAGCCACCAUGACCAUUGAGGAGCUUCUCACGCGUUACGGACAAAACUGCAGCAAGAACCCCAAAACCAAGUCRUUAGCUCCGCCCGGGGAGAGCGCUGCGGAGGGGCCGGGCAGGCAGCACGAUGGGGAGCCCAUUAUGAAUGGGGAGGCCGACCCAGGGGAGCUCACCGACCACAAGGAGAGGAAGAACGGGAAGCCAGAUGAGGAGCUCGUGGGUAUUUCCUCCACUUCAGACAAAGCCAGUGCUGGAGGCAAUGGCCGCGCUCCGCAGAAGCCUGAAGUAGGCAAAGGGGACGAGGCCGUCACCUCUUCUACGGGGGAGGCCGGGCCCUCCUGCUCCUCCACGGGAAAGCCCCAGCGCACAACCAAGUCCAAAUUUUUUGAGGACAGUGAGGAUGAGUCGGAUGAGGUUGAGGAAGAGGAGGAAGACAGUGAGGAAUGCAGUGAAGACGAAGAUGGUUACAGCAGUGAAGAGGCGGAGAAUGAAGAUGAUGAAGAUGACACCGAAGAAGCUGAGGAGGAUGAAGAUGAAGAGGAGGAAAUGUUGUUACCAGGCAUGGAGGGGAAAGAGGAGCCUGGCUCUGACAGCGGGACGACGGCGGUCGUGGCCCUCAUCCGGGGCAAGCAGCUCAUCGUGGCCAAUGCUGGAGACUCGCGCUGCGUGGUGUCYGAAGGCGGCAAGGCCGUGGACAUGUCCUACGACCACAAGCCCGAGGAUGAAGUAGAGCUGGCCAGGAUAAAGAACGCUGGCGGCAAGGUCACCAUGGAUGGCAGAGUGAAUGGUGGCCUCAACCUCUCCAGGGCAAUUGGAGACCACUUCUACAAGCGAAACAAGAACCUGCCUCCGGAGGAGCAGAUGAUCUCUGCCCUGCCCGACAUCAAGGUGCUGACGAUAAACGACGACCACGACUUCAUGGUUAUUGCCUGCGAUGGAAUCUGGAACGUCAUGAGCAGCCAGGAGGUGGUGGAUUUCAUCCAGGCCAAGAUCACCCAGAAGGAUGAAAACGGAGCCCUGAGGCCGCUCUCCUCCAUUGUGGAAGAGCUGCUGGAUCAGUGCUUGGCUCCAGACACCUCAGGGGACGGCACCGGCUGUGACAACAUGACCUGCAUCAUCAUCAGCUUCAAGCCCCGCAACACGCACAGCCCUGCGGAGAGCGGGAAGAGGAAACUGGAGGCGACGGCAGCAGCGGCAGAGGAGAACGGCAGCGACAGCAGCAAGAAGAGCAAGCUGGAAUAACAGGCCUGGCACAGAGACUUUGCUGGGCGCUCACCAGACUCUCGUUUCUUAAACAUGCUGAACUCAAGACUCCCAAGUCUUGUCCUUUUUUUAGCCUUAGCAGAGGCCUUGUCUGUCCGUGUUCGUCGGGGGGUGGGGGGUGGUGAGCAAGGGCAUGUCACCGUGUCACACGUUCAUUUGUAGCCAUUCCAAAGAGCGAGGCCGGGGCUGCGCCGCACGGAGCUGCCGCGCCAGGGCCACCGAGGCCCGGGGCUGGAAGGAUAAUCCCCUCUUGUCUCCGUGUGGUUGUUGCCAUUUCUGUGCCUGUGACUUUCUGUUUGGAGGGAAGAACUUUUUCACUGUUGAGGUUUUUUAAUCUGCACCCGAUUAUUUAAGGCCCUUCCUGUUUUUAUUUGUGGAUCAACCUGGUCGUGGUGCUGCCGCCGCACCCUGUUCUGUUGUACACUUCCAAUGGAUCC